CGCCACUUUAAAGUGUAACAUCAUAGAUGUUGAAACGUCAAGCCAGAUUACGCAGAGAAUUUAUUUACAGAAGAUCGAUUGAAGUUCGAGAUGCUGAAAACGAAAAGAAGAAAAAGAUGUUAAAAGUUGCUUUAGCUGAAGGGAAAGUGCUACCUAAAGAAAUUCAAGAAGGUGCUUUACAGCUAAAUGAAGAAUUAGACUGGAGUGAUGAUGGCGGUGAAGGAGUUGCUAAUUAUCAAGAUGAUGAGUAUCUUUGGGCUGGAACUGAAGAUCCGCGCGUUGUUAUCACUACAUCACGUUCUCCUAGUUCAAAACUAAAAGAAUUCGCCAAGGAAUUACGUUUUCUCAUUCCGAAUGCUGCUAAAAUUAAUCGUGGUAACUACUUGAACAAGAAUUUGUUGGAAGCUUGUUUAGCAAAACAGAUUACUGAUAUCGUUAUUGUCAACGAAUCACGCGGCGUCCCAGACACCUUGAUUAUUAGUCAUUUGCCGUUUGGUCCAACUGCUGUAUUCACUUUAUACAAUGUACGCACACGUCAUGAUAUGGAGACUAUGGGUUGUGGCACCGGAGCGAAAAUGCCUCAGACAUAUCCUAAUCAUAUAUUUAAGGGAUUAAAUUCCAAAUUAGGUCAACGUGUUCGUUGUAUAUUGAAACAUUUAUUUCCUGUACCGAAAGAUGAUUCUAAACGUGUGGUUACAUGGUACGAGGAGGAUGAUGUCAUAUGUUUCAGGUUAGAAUGUUUAUUAUAUAUGAAUUUCAUCUUAACAUGUCACUUGUUAUUUGGUGAAUUAUUCAGGAGACAUUUGUCAGUAAAAUUGUUGUGUUUCUCUUGAAUAAUUCUGAUUGUCAUAAAUUGACAUCAGUCAUUCUUUAAAAUCUUCGUUUUGGUACUUAUUCGUGCGAUUAUUGAUAUUGAAUCGUUUUAAAACAGUAAACCAAACGCUUAUGACGAUACCAUCGACUUAGCGUUAAAAUGGUGAAUGUAGGUUUAACUGCCGAUUUGUCCACUGAAUCAGUUCCCAAAUAGAAAUACGAUUACUGAAUAUGUAUCCGCUGGAAAAUUAAUGCUGUUUCGUUUAUAUUAUAAAAUAUAUCCAACCAGAAUAAUACGAAUGAUUAAUUAAUUAAUCACAUCAAUAACCUUUAAAUUUAAAAAAAAUCAUUAUUUACAAUGAGAGAAAUUAUCUAUUUCUAAUAUGUCAUGUAAAAUAAGAAAUAUCAGUUUUGCAUGACCCAACCUGGAGGGAGAUUGUGGAUAUGCACUACUGAGGAAUCCCGUAAUAGCUCAUAAUAACUGUCCAGUGUUUCUUGUUUUUCUAGUGGUUAUCUAAUCAAAAUCAUUUCGUUAUGUGAAACCUGAAAUUCAACAAUCCUCACAACACCCUAUAAAGAUAGAAGAUAAUCUAGUCGUAUCAGCUAAUAGUUGAUUCACGGCGAUUCAUAUUUCAAAGUGAAUCGCUUUUCUAGAUUUUAAGUUUAGUGUUAGUGUUAUUCUGGAAGUGAUGUUGUUGUGGUUAUGACAUUUGAACCUCAGUUACUGAAUAUUAGCAUGUUCUAACUGUAUUAUUCACCUGCUUUGAUUUGUGUAGUUGGUGUAUAGGUGUCACUAAAUCUUUUAUACCUAAAGUAAAGUAUGAAAUAAAUGGUAGGUACUUAAAUUUGUUCUUGAUAAAUUGGUUAUGGUGUGUUAUUCAAAUUGUUGCCUUAAAAAUUACCAACACUGAUUUCAAUUAUUGUUAAUUAGUUGAUACUUGAUUACAAUGAAAAGAAGUUAAGCACAAUAAAAAGAUACCAAGAAUCAUCUAUGAUUAAUAAUUAUAAUUCGAUUAAUUUUUGGUAAGUAAACUGAAUAAGAUUAACUGGGUUGUAAAUCAUGAUUCAAACGAUAUACAAAAAGUGUUUCUUGUAACAAACAGUUGUUAUCAAUAACUUUAUAUUUAGGUUAAACUGUUAUGAAUGCGUAAUUGUUUCAUUACAACGGCCAAGAUAAGGCAUACAUGUCUAUUGGUUAAAAUUGAAUUAUUCCAUAGUAUGCAUUGAAAGUAAUAAAUUUACUAUCGAUUACGGUUUAAGUUAGGUAAACCUACAGUACCGAACUGAUUCUUAAAUAUUGGUGGUUAUUGUCAGCUGAAAAUUCUAGUUUGGGUUUGGCAGUAGAAUUCGAGAAACAUGUUAAAAAAAAGUCGGAUGUACCUACAAUCAAGUGUUGUUUUUUUUCGUGAAUGUUGAACUUACAAACUUCCACUUCAUAUAUUUUCCUCGCUAUUCAAUGAUCAUAGUUACCACUCUAUUCAACAAGAAUUACAUGCAUAAGUAGGAUUUAUUGUGAACUAUUUGAAUUUUGUCGUCGUUAAAAUUGAAGAUUGUUCUGAUAAAUUUCUGUUUGGAAAUUAGGUUUUAUAAUGGUGAUGACUGGGUAUUGUUAGCCGCCUUUUCUAAUAUAUAAUUAACGCAUAAACUUAGGUAUCCGCUCAAAAGAUUUAUUAUUAGCAAAGAGUGAUCUAUUUUAUCAUGAAUGUUAACUGCAUUGAAACAUGGGCUUUAAACACAGUAAAGGAUAAUAUUAUUUUAUCCAUAAUGUGUAAUAUAGCCUGUUUGGGAGGUUUUUUUCUGUUCUCACUGACUAAAUCAUACUUGUGUUUUAGUACUUGGAACAGAUCUAAAUUAAAUAUUCUAUUGUUACUCUAGUUUAUCGUGAUUUAGCGAAUUGAUAAUUGAAUGAUAAAACUAAAAACCACUCACAUAUUGUGUGAAUCGUAUAUAUAGUUUUAUUUUGGUGAAUAUUGCUUUUGAUAUGAAGAAUGCUUGUGUUCAAAAUUUCUAUGAAUGACGUUCUAAAGUACAUUCCUGUUAACUUCAUGAACAGACAAUUUUCAUAUGGUAGAUAUUUUGUUAGCUCUAGAAUCAAGGCAGGUCCUAACACUGCUAACCUAAUUCAAUUUGUGUAGCCGAUGCUUGAGGGCUUUUUCGUAAUACAAAGGCCAUUGUUAUAUCAUCCACCAACCUCUACUAACGAUCAAGUAAUUUGAAAUCGUAUUAGUACUUAACUUACGUACACUUACGUGGUGGGUACAAAACCCAUUGACUACUUGACCCUGUUUUGAUUAGAUGGCCAGAUUUCUAGACUUCUGUAGUACGCUCUAUAAAACACCUAACAACUUGUAGGGUAGUGUUAAAUUAUUUUUAAAUGGGGUCGGUAAAAUCACCUCAAUUAUUGUGGACAAUUUGUCACAGAAUCGGGUUUUAAGCCCAUUUAUAAGUUUUGAGUUUUGACUUUAAUAACGCUUAAGAGUCAGUAGACAUACUUUAACCCUUAGUGAGUCCCUUAGUAAAGGAACCUGUUAAUUGUUUAAGGAUCUCCAUCAUAUUAAAAGACUAAUAUUUGAACGAAGAAUAUUCGAAAUGCGUUUAUCAAAUCUCAGGUCGUAAAGUCCCAUUUCAUAAUUGCAGUGUGUUAUUUAUUAUCAUUUUCAACUAUAUUGUAACAAGAUUGUUAUUAUUCAUGGUUUAUUCCUUUUUUUUGAAGACACCACACAUAUAAAUAUAUGGAUAAAAAAUUGGAACUAACUGAACAUGGGCCUUCAUUCGAUUUACGUUGUAAGUAUGAUACAUUGCAUGAUUUUUUGAUGCAGAAGAAAGACUAAAGAAUGUGAUAAAUAAUGUCUAUAUUGGGCUGUUGAAAUAAUAGAAAGAACGUCGUUGGAUGGAUUCUUUACGAUAUGUUAACUGUUCAUGAUUCCAAAUUAUUGAUACAAGCCUCCUUAUACACUGAAAUCAUAUCAGUAUAAUAGAUUUUUUUCAGUGGUAAAAUGUUAUCAUUAUAUACAAAAUAUUCAACACUUAAAUAUGCAUUAUUAAGUAUGACUCGACAAACAAACUGUUGAGAAGAUAUGAGCUCUGUGCUUCACUCGCUAUUAGAUCUUGCUGUCGAACCUGAUUAGUUUCUGGCAUGCAGUUUUUUUCUUUGCUUCAAUCCUUCCCUAGAAAUGUAUCACUGCCAUUCAGUACAUAUCAUAGUUUGCACUCAUUUGAUGAACUAAUCAAGGAAAUAAUAGAAACAUAAACACAUUAUUCAUCACCCUUAAAAGUCAUAUAUGUCCUCAGUAUUCAAGUGUGAAGCCACAAAAAUGUCAAAUAACUUACUAGUUCAUAGAAAUUGAGUUGCUGUAAUCAUCGUUUAAAUUUAUAAACAUCACAACUUUGAUGAUUCUUUGUGAAGUGAACAAUGAUAAGCAUUUUGAAAAAAGUACCACCCUAUAUAAGAGGCGAUAGAGUGAAGUUAAGGGUCACUUAAGUCGUUUUUAUUUGUUCGAUUUUAAACAAUGUAAUAGUUCUCAGAAUAUCAUUCUGUCCCUGAAAUUCAAUAAUAACUUUAAUUGUCAAUUGUUUUAAGUAAAUCUAUGUUUUACUUAAUCUUCAGUUGAUAUAAUUAAUGUGGAUGAACUGUAAAAUUAAUGCACAUUAUUCAGUUACGAUAGUAAAUGCUUUGUAUGCAAUUUUAAUUCGCAACAGUUGCUGCUCGUUUAGUGUUGACUUUCCCCAUUUUUUUCGAUAAAAUAAUCGGCUUGUUUCUGGGAUAUCCUGACUAGUUGCUGAUUUGUUUUCAUCAACAAGAUUACUGUUUUAUGUUCUAAGAAAAAGCACUUAUAUUAACAUACGCUUGUGCAAUAAUUCACAAUCUUAUCGUUACUUUUGUUCCUUACUCAGAUUUUAUCGAAUACAUUUAUAUUCAAUAAUUAAAGUUAUUCAACUUCAUGUGCGUUAUGCUUUUAUUUUACUUACAGUGUAUAAAAUUUGGCGUGGACCGUUACAUGAAGAAGCCACAGCGGAUAUUGAGUGGGUUUAUCGACCGUAUAUGAAUACUACUUUUAAAAGACGAUUUUUAUCAGAACCACCAUCUCCUUGAACCUUAUUAUGUAAAUAAAAUCAAACUUGACGAGGAAUUAUUCUAUAUGUAAUUUGGGCACUAGCCAUAUCUAUGUUA